AUGGAGAAACUUGGCAUGAUUCUGUUUGUUGCAUUGCUUGCACUUUUUGCAGGAAAUGUGCAUCAUUCUGAAGUGCAGAUUCAGAAUUGGACAUGUGGUUAUGGAGGACUCUGUCGUCGCUUCUGUUUUGAUCAAGAAUACAUUGUUAGUCACCAUGGUUGUCCACGCAGAUACAGAUGCUGUGCUGUGCGGUUUUAAUGGGGGAAAAAUGUCACAAUCUUAGCAGGCCUCGACUGCUAAUUGGUUUGAAAAGUCCAUUUUCAAAAGAGUGACUUCUUUAUUUAGAUCUCAGUACUGAUAUGAAGCAAAUGCAAAUUCAUUUAUUUAUCAUUAUAUAACUAAUUCAUAUUAAUUAGACUUGGCAUUUACUAAUGAUUUUCUAGAGGUGAAAAUAAUGUUCCUGUAAAAUGGUUUGUGUUUGAAAAAAAAUAGUGUGUGAGAAUCUUAAAAUA